UGAGGAGAAAGUGCCUGCCUGCCUGCUUGGUUGGUGGGUGAAAGCUUUGUUCUCCACAGAGGAGCACUAAGUGCAGAGGAGAAAGCAUCUCAGUUUGAGUCCUUCAUCCGCCCGGUGUGUCUGUCCGCUCUUCCACUUUCUGUCUAUCUGCCACUUCAAAUCUUGAGGAGGAGGAGGAGAAAGUCGUUGUCUCAAAAUCUCAGCACACAAUUCUCUUCGAUAACGUGCCCCUUUUCAGGCCGGAUUAAACCAUUGCCGUUCCAAAUAUUGUUGUUUUAUUGGGAUCGCUCUGAACCACCGCUAGCACUUUCUUCGACCUCUAAAAUAGGCCUGGUGACCUUGUAGAGAAAAGAAACGACCACUUUUAUCCCAUCGCAUUGAGUGCGGGCUCGUUUUAUGACCUCGUAAAACAACUGAUUUGCAUUUCGAAGAAGGAGAAGAAGCAAGAAACUUUGUUGAACACUUCAUUUCAUAGCGUGGCACGCACGACACGAGUGGGAAAUUAACACGAGAAGAGGAGAGAAAGCGGAGAAAGCUAGAUUGUUAAUAAGAACUUUCGAAAUUAAAUAGCUGAGCUGCACUGGUGAUCAAGGAAAGAUUGAGAUCGAUACAGGGUGACGAAUUACUUGCGUCGUUUAAAUUUAAAAUUGUUAAUCCUCCAGAUUAAAGACCAACUUUCUCCACGAUGCGAAGCCUACAAACCGUCGCGGCUCUGACGUGUAUGAAGACACUUUUGAUGAUAUUCAACAUCGUGUUCUGGCUGUCGGGCAUCGCACUUUUGGUCCUCGGAGUCUGGCUGCACGUCGAAUUGCACAAAUAUUUGGAACUUUCUCCCGAUUUUUCGGCCACUGCUCCCUACGUGCUGGUGGGAACGGGGAUACUGAUCCUGUUCCUGGCCACGUUGGCGUGCUGCUGUACCAUCAAGGAACAACCGAUCCUACUCUACAUCUACGCGGCUUUCCUCGCGAUCGUGUUUGUGAUGGAGGUGAGCGCUUGCAUUUCUGGAUACGCGUACCGGACCAAGCUCCGCGCCUCCUUUUCUAAAGGACUCAACAGCUCGAUUGGCUUGUAUAUGACGGAUCACGCUCGGACAUCGGCUAUCAACUCGCUUCAAUUCCAUUUGCACUGCUGCGGAAAUGACGGAUACGCUGACUGGUAUUCCACCCAUUACGGAAAGGUGCCCGGAUCCUGCUGCAAAACGAAUAUGGGUUGCGACACGAAGAAUUUACACAUGAUUUACACCACUGGAUGUUACGCACUGGUAACGAGCUUUCUUACCGAGAAACUCGGUAUAAUGGCGGCAUCAGCCCUGGGCCUGGCGAUCUUCCAACUCUUCGGCGUCCUCCUUACCGCCUGCUUGGCCAAGUUGCUCCAGAAAACGAAAUACGAACAGAUGACUUGAUUUGACUCCAGGACGAGGCUGGAUCUGGAUUCUGAAGAGAGGUUCUGAGAAAAUUUAUGGUGUUUUGGGGUGGGAUACCAAUUCUUGCACAGAAAGGAUGGGAAGAAGAAGUUGCGAAUUUUGUUUAGUGUUAAUACAUAAUUCAUUGGGACGGAUUUACUGUCCUCUCUAAAUUUUGCAAGAUUUAAGCCCCAUUGUCACCCACCAGUCAGUAAAUAAGUAAUUACUAAAGUUUUCGCAAGUUGGGAAUGUAAUUGCACAUUACGUACAUACAUAUUUAUUCGUAGAAUUUCAUUUCAUUGUUAUAAUUUUCAUUGCAAAAAUUUGCAAAGUUGCAAAAAUUCGAGUAGUCCUCCGCUAAACCACGGGGAAAUUAUUAUUCAGUAAAUAAUUUUCAUUGCAAAAAUUGCAAAAAUUCGAGUAGUCCUCCGCUAACUUACAUACGCAAAACCACGGAGAGAUUAUUAUUCACUAAACUACAUAAGAACACGUAUUUAUGCAUACUUACUUAUCUAAUUGCGUAAUCCUCUCUUCUCUCUCACUUUUUACGCUACAUCUUCCUCAUGUAAAGGAUUUCAUAAAAUUUCAUAAAAUAUGAUGCCAACAAUCACCAAUCACCAUCUCCUUCCGUUUAGAAGAACUUUCAUAAACACAAAAAAAGUGCAGUGCAUGUUUUUGCAAAUUCCAGAAAAUCCGACAUAUCAGCAACUCGAAUUUGUAAGAAGAAGAAAAUUCUAUUCGCUAUAGAAAAAAAAUCGAAACCUUCCAAAUCACACCAUCUCUUAAAAACCUCUUAAAAAAUUCAAGAUCGUUUUCCAUCCUCGUCAAUCUCAUCUCAUCGUCUCUGAUUUAUUUAAUGUACGUACGUGCACAUGUACUUAUGUGCGAAUUAAUUGCGUACUUUUCUGCUCUAUGUACAUACAUUUUUUGCCAAAAUGUGCACAUAUACAAACAAAUCCUCCACAAAAUUACAUGUCCAUCCGCACACAACAUUCAUGCACUCAAUUCUCUCCAUAAAAAAUACAAUGUUAAAUUACUUAUAUAAAUAAUUAAUUGGGUUUAUGUACACGUAUCUACAUAUUUAAUAAGUCAAAAUUACACAUAUGUACAUACAUAAAUCUGGUAUAUAUACAUAGAUAGAUAAGUCAAAAUUUUGCAAAUGUAAAUCCGCAAACCAAACCAAACCACACACUAACUUUAUUAUAAAUCCACAUUGUUAAAAUGGAAAUGGAAUCAUGUCGCAUGUUAAGGAAAUAGUUAAAGGAAAUCAUUCUGCGCAAUUAUGCUGCAGCUAAUUAUGUAAAUAAGUGAACGUUAUUAUAUUUAGUCAAAUGCGAAAUUUUUAGCAUAAUUUUAAAAAAUAUGUUACAGUGUAAUAAAAAUAUUUAGAUAUUAACCAUAAAAAUAUAAUACAAUCUGCAGACAGAUGACAAUGAAUGUCCGAUGUGAUCACAAUUCUAAUUAAGUAUUUAAAACAGAAAUCGAAAUUCAACUUUACGUAUGCAUUGUUCGUGUGAGUGCACAUGUCCUUAAAAAAUGAAUACCGAAUGCAAUAUGCUAGUUAAAAAAAGAUACAGUAUAGAAUAGAAUUAGCGGUGCGUAUUAUUGUCUGAUUGACUUUCCACGACAGCCACUUAGCAAGUGCAAGUGUCAUGGACGUACAGACAGACAAAGGUGCAUGAUGAGUAAUAAUAUAUUUAGUUAGCAGGUAUGAAUUAAAAAAAAAAUAUUCAAUCAUUGCAAUCCAACGCUCCUACCGUCGUCAGCAUGUGUAUUGGAACAUUAAACAUUAUAACUGUGAUGUUAACAUAGAAUGCUAUUUACCAUGCACUCUUAAAAAUAAUGGUCCCCGGUUUGAAGAGUAAAUAUGCAUUCUAAAUUCUAAAUUAAGCAAAUUAUGCAAAAUCGUACGAAGGUUAACAGGUUUCAAAAUAGCUAAUUGAAUACAUGGAAGAAGGGAAAGUUGAGACACAAAAAUUCAAAUUUAAAACCCGCAUGUUGUGGGGCCUUAAAGUUUAUGCUGGAUUUAGUAUGGUUUACUUGAUGCAAAAAAAAACUUAGAGUGCUUUUACUUUUCAAAAGGGGAACCCUAUUUUUAAGAGUGUACCACAAAAUUCAUCUUGAUUAUGAUGUUGUGUUAGUUGUCAAAUGAGUCGGAUGUGGAUAGAAUUCUGAUUACUAUUUAUCGAUGUAGAAAUAAGAUAAGGUUAACCUAUGAUGAUGAUGACAUAAUAAAGAAUGACAUCUCAAUAA